GCACUCGGUGUAAACAGGAAGAACCAAGCAAAAGUAGGUUAAAUUUAUCAUAAAGCGAAGAGGAUGGUCGGAUACAGACGGACGAGGGUUUUUCUUACUUUAUAAAUUUGUCCACAUGCGUAGUAUUCUUUGUGGCCUAAAACUGAUAACAAUUUAAGAAACAUUUUGCAAAAGCAAGUUUUGAAUUUUAGUGAAGAAUAUAGUCGCUAACACCGUGAGCUUUACCGACGUUACGCGGAGAGUGACGCGGUGGAUUUCCUUUGGGGUGCCUGUUUGUUUUAAAAAACCUGCAUUUGGUUUGCCGCCUAUUUUUUUUUCCUCCGGAUUUUGUGAUUGUGUCGAGGAAACCCUUGUACGAUGGUUCAAAAAGACAAGACUUUAGACACUCCUCCGUUAGAUGUUGAACCGAGCCCCAGCCCAGUCUCUGGAGAGGCUUGUGUGGAGGCCCCGGGCCCAGUGGCGGACUCCAGCAUCGUAGUGGAAACGACAGGCCACAGAAAAUUCAUUAGUGGUGUAGUUGAAGGCUUUUAUGGGCGUCCAUGGACUAUGGAACAGAGAAAAGAGCUGUUCAGAAGGCAACAGAAGUGGGGGCUGAACACAUACCUUUAUGCACCCAAAGACGACUACAAACACAGAAUGUUCUGGAGAGAACUGUAUUCAGUGGAAGAAGCAGAACAACUCAUGACUUUAGUUAGUGCCGCCAAGGAGCAUGGAAUAGAGUUUAUAUAUGCCAUUUCCCCUGGAUUAGACAUAACCUUCUCUAAUCAGAAAGAGGUUUCUGCACUUAAAAGGAAACUUGAUCAGGUUACUCAAUUUGGCUGCAAAUCCUUUGCCUUACUUUUUGACGAUAUUGACCACAACAUGUGCCCUGCUGACAAAGAAGUAUUCAGCUCUUUUGCUCAUGCUCAGGUUUCUCUAACUAAUGAAAUCUACCAGUACCUGGGAGAGCCUGAAACCUUCUUGUUUUGCCCCACAGAGUACUGUGGAACAUUUUGCUACCCAAAUGUCUCGCAAUCCCCCUACCUCCGCACAGUUGGAGAGAAACUCCUGCCUAGCAUCGAUGCGCUGUGGACAGGUCCCAAAGUGGUUUCUAAAGACAUCCCAGUGGAGUCCAUUGAAGAGGUGUCAAAGAUCCUGAGAAGAGCCCCUGUUAUUUGGGACAAUAUUCAUGCCAAUGAUUAUGACCAAAAGAGGCUCUUUUUGGGUCCGUACAAGGGCCGCUCCACUGAGCUCAUCCCCCGGCUGAAGGGAGUCCUUACCAACCCCAACUGCGAGUUUGAAUCCAAUUUUGUCGCAAUUCACACUUUGGCCACCUGGUACAAGUCUAACAUGAAUGGGGUUCGCAAAGAUGUGGUCAUGACUGACGGUGAGGACAGCACUGUGUCCAUCCAGAUCAAGCUUGAGAAUGAAGGCAGUGAUGAGGAGCUGGAGACAGACAUGCUCUACAGCCCUCAGCUCGCUUUAAAGCUCGCUCUGACAGAGUGGCUUGCAGAAUUCAGUGUGCCUCUCCAAUACAACAGCCGACAGGUGCCUCAGAGUGGUGCCAAAAGCACGGCCAUUGAUGUAUCUUCCAUGACAGCUUCGUCCCUUUGCUCUUCCACGUCAGUCACUACUGUGUUCCAGCAGCCCAUUAUGUCUCCUGCAAUGCCCCCUCUGCUCCUCGAUCCCCUCCCACACUCCUUUUCAAAAACAGCUGAAGAGGUAGAAGAGGUGGAUGUGGAAAAGAAGGAUUCAGAUGAGGAGCCCAUGGAGAUGGUGGUAGAGAAGCUGGACGAGCCAGAGGCAGAAGCCGAUCCAGAAGAGAAAGACGUCGCUCCCAUCUUGACUGACAAAAUGGCCGAGGACCUGAAACCCAUGGAUACAGACAAGGAGAGUCUGGCUGAAUCCAAGUCCCCAGAAGAGUCAAUCCAGGAGGAUUCUGGGAGUGAUAUUGCUCCUAUGCAGACGGAUGAUCAACUCAAACAGGAUCUGUAUGUGCCCGGCCCCGACGAGAAGCCUCUGUUCACACCAGAACUUCCAACACUCGAGGACCUGUGUCUCCUGGCUGAGCUCUUUUACUUGCCUUAUGAACAUGGACCCAAGGCCACACAGAUGUUAAAGGAGUUCAACUGGUUGAGAGCCAACAGCAGCGUCGUCAGCGUCAACUGUAAGAGAAAAGAAAGUGAAAAGGUGGCUGAAUGGCAGCUGCGGGCGGAGAAGUUUCAAGACAUGUGCUGCUCCGUUAUCCACAUGUUCACACGGCUGUCCAACACAGCCAACCGCACCAUCCUGUUCGACCUCUACCCUUACAUCUGGGACAUCAAGAGCAUCAUGUCUAUGGUCAAGUCUUUUGUCUUGUGGCUCGGGUGUCGUAGUCAGUCAUCAGCACAAUUCCCUAAAGGAGAACAAGAGUCCUGGGCCUUUAGGGGAGGUCUAGCAGGAGAGUUCCAGAGAUUGUUGCCAAUAGAUGGGGCAAACGAUCUUUUCUACCAGCCUCCACCUUCUCUGCCAACCUCCAAAAUCUAUACCAUAAGGCCAUACUAUCCCAAAGAUGAGGCUGCAGUUUAUAAAAUCUGUAAGGAAAUGUACUGCGAAGGGAUGGAAGAUGAGCCAUUCGCUGAGGGGGAACCCGACCUCAUUGGGGACAGGCUAGUUGGAGGACUGCUGACGGUGAGCUCAGACUAUGGGUUCGUACUGGAAGAUGACGAGGGGAUCUGCGGUUACGCUCUCGGCACCGUAGAUGUGAAGCCUUUCAUCAAGAAGUGCAAGUUGAGCUGGAUUCCCUUCAUGCAGGAGAAAUACCACAAACCAGACUGUGAAAAGGAUCUGUCUGAGGCCGAGAAGAUGAUUCUGAGUUUUCAUGAGGAGGAGGAGGAGGGUCUGCCGGACUCUUUCCUGUCCAAUUUCCCAUCUCUCAUUAAGGUGGACAUUCACGCCAAAGUCACUGACCCCAGUGUGGCCAAAAGCAUGAUGGGAUGUCUGUUAUCUUCUCUUAAGGCCAAUGGUUCCCAUGGUGCUUUCUGUAAAGUUCGUCAGACUGAUAAACGAAUGUUGGAGUUCUACAGUAAACUGGGAUGUUUUGAAGUGGCCAAAAUGGACGGCUUUCCCAAAGACGUCAUCAUUAUGGGACGCAGCCUUUGAAGAAACGCAGUCUUGCGAUCUUGAUCUUGCUCCGUCGCAAGAUCGAGUCAACACACCUUAAGCAUUUUUGGUACCUUCAUGUGGAUAAAACUUUGGUUAUUUUUAUACUGCCAUUAAAUUUGGGCUUGCCCCAGGAUGUGCUGUGAUUUUUGGACUUUGUGAAAAACAAGCACAAGAAUCGCACAGAAACCAUAAUCCACCCUUAAUGGGUGUAGCUCAGUUGGAUUUGGCAGUUCAAGAGCCGAAAUAUCCAAAAAGAGGUCUGUGGCCGCUCCCAGGUAGUAACAUCAAAUCUGGCCCUUAGGAUCGUUAUUGUAGGACCCCAAGACUUCCCUCCAUUCAUCAUCCCUCUGAAAAAGAAGAUGGUCGUAAACAGCUGCAGCUAUGAGAAAAAGGUGGCUCCUAACCUGGGCUGGCAAACAACCUUCAGCCUAUUUUGUAAUUACACAAUAAAGAUGUUGACGGGAGUUGGACGUCAAACAGGAAAAGAGAUGCUAAAAGAAUGUUUUGUGUUAAUUUUUUUUUUUCUACAUGUUAGACUGGGAGAUGAAAACCUGAACAUCAAAGAAAGUGUUGAUGAAAAUUAGCCAAGGUGUUCUUUGAACUUUUGCUCAAGUAGCUGCUAACAUUUGCUAAGCGAUAGAAAAGCUCCUACGUGUUUACAGUUUGCUACUCAUUUUUUAGUUGCAUUUCUUUGCUUCACUCCCCUCCCGCAAUCACUUAUUAGAUCUUCAUAUUUGAUUAUUCAUUUAAUUUUAAAAUCUGUAGCAUCUUCUGGGGCUUGCUUUCCAUUAUUUUUCUCAUGUUUUUCUUUUUUUUUGUACGUUUAGUUUGCUUAUGCUUUUCUAGAGAUUGUUAAGCUAUGUGCAUUGAGUUUUUUCCUAAUUGCAGUGGAAUAUCUACUUGAUUUCCCCCUGUCGUGAUUUUUUAUUUUUUUAUUUUUUUUUUUUAAAGAAAUUAAAAUGUAUCAUUGGGACCAAAAUAUUUUAAGUUUCAGUAGCCUUUGGGUUUAGGUGCAUUGGUUAAAAAUACUUCACUUCUACUGUAGUUAGACUGUUUGUUGUACACUUAAAGUUAUUUAAUCACUGCUUCACAUUAACCUCUGGAAUCUCAUACUUUCAUUCAAAUGAAUGUAAUCUCAGACGGGCCUCUGUUGGUGGUUCCAUGUGUUUCAGCUGCAGCUUUAAAACUGUAGCUAAGUUACUGUUGGCCUUUUUCUACCCGUGUGUUGAUUGUUUCCUGUUCCGACUCAUUUCCAUUUGGUUCUGCAAAUGUACAGUUUUUCAUUUUUUCUUUUUGGUGAAGCACUUUGGCUAAUAACAGGCGAGUUCUGUUGGUUAAAUGAAGAUCAGCGGUUGCUGUCCCGUAGCUGCCUGUUUCCAACCUGUACAGUCGUAACGUGCAUGAGGUGUGUUGGAUUUGCUGUGGCUGACAUUGGUUACAGUUGCCUCUGAUGUUGCAUAAAAGAGGAAGCAUGCCACUUUGAACUACAUGCAUAAAAGUGUUGUGCUUAGAUGGUUUGUAAAUAUCGUUUGUGAAGUUAUAAAAAGGUUUUGUAUAUUAUUUUUGAGAAUUGCUUCCAUUCUGUUUUAGUGGAAAGAAAGCAGAAUGUUGACCCCUUGUUAGACAGAGCCGUCCCACUGGUCAACAAGGAAUGAAACUAGCUAACAGACCUGCUCUUCUGCAAAUGAAGUUGGUUUUUAGUUUCUUGACUCUUCCAAGAGGAUAUUUUACAGUUUGAUGCUUGUGAUUUUUUUUUUAUUUUUUUUUGCCAGCUGCAGAUAUCCCUCAGACCGUACAUUUCAGGUUUGGGGAUAGGAUGGGAGUCAUUAAAGUGACUGUUUAUUUCUGUACAAAUUUCUAUGUAAGAUAACAUUAAACUAAUAAAUCAUAUAAAGAUC